GCUCGGAAACUUUGAUUUCUUGUCCCCCUCCCCACCUGUUGUGAGCUCCGCCUCAGUCCCCGGAGACUGGCGGUGACACACACGGGCGCCAGGGAGCUCCGCGCCCAGAAACAAAGUCGCAUGCCCCCCCCCUCCCGUGUUUGCUUGGAAAUUGCUGCCUGCAGCACCCCCAUUCCCGCGCAGCUCCCGCCCCCUGGGAGCCUAAGGACUAAAUAAACAGUUGUAACUCCAAACCUUGCGCCUGCCAUCGCAGCCCUAUCCCACCCCUUUCCUCCGGUCCUGCCCCUCCUUUUUUUGUUGUUGCAACUUUGUAAGAUCCCGGGAAGGUGCUGAGACUAAGGCUCAGGCCGCGCUCCGGGUCUCCCGAUCCCUGCAGGGAUUCCCUGUGGCGUGUCCUCCUCCCUUGUCCCCGCACGCUCGGGGGUCUUCUCCGUCCGGUUGCCAUCUCUAUCUGUGGUGCUGGCCCCUUCCGCCUAAUCACCUCGUCCCCUUCGAUCUCCCCCCACCCCGAAACCUUCACGGAAGGAAGACUUGCUGAGGGUCGUCCUGGUCUCUUGUCGAUCGCAGACCCGGAAAGUUUGCCCCAGGAGGACGGCGCACGGCCGGCGAACGAACCGGGCGAGGGGCAGCGGCAGCGCGGAGAAGCGUGGAACUGCCGGUGCCUCCUCCUGGACUCAGUGGUGCCCCAGGAGCUUCUGCUGACAAUCCCAGUUUCCGAGGGAACCCUUUCGGCCAUGGUGAGGGCUGCGUUCCCUUCUUUGACUUGCCUUCAGCCAUGAACUGAUGGGUGUGAUGCCUGCUAGCCGAAAGGGGUCCUUCUGUGUGGUGCAGUCUUGUGGCAUUCUGCAGGCCCCCUGCCAGUGACCCCAGGCUUUUUAUGGCUGUGAGACUUAUUAAAAGCUCAGGGGUGAGAAGUGACCUUUUGAGGUGACUAUAACUGAAGAUUGAAUUAUAGAAGCAAAAAGAAAAGGUUUUUGAGUCAUGAUGCAAGAAUCUGGGUCUGAGACAAAAAGUAACGGAUCAGCCAUCCAGAACGGGUCCAGCGGAGGCAACCACUUACUAGAGUGCGGGGCACUUCGUGACACUCGGUCCAACGGGGAGGCACCAGCAGUGGACCUGGGGGCCGCCGACCUAGCCCACGUCCAGCAGCAGCAACAGCAGGCCCUGCAGGUGGCAAGGCAGCUCCUUCUUCAGCAGCAGCAGCAGCAGCAGCAGCAGCAGCAGCAGCAGCAGCAACAACAGCAACAGCAACAGCAGCAGCAGCAACAGCAACAGCAGCAGCAGCAGCAGCAACAGCAAGUUAGUGGACUAAAGUCUCCCAAGAGGAAUGAUAAGCAACCAGCUCUUCAGGUCCCCGUGUCAGUGGCUAUGAUGACACCUCAGGUUAUCACUCCCCAGCAAAUGCAGCAGAUCCUCCAGCAGCAAGUGCUGAGCCCCCAGCAGCUCCAGGUUCUUCUCCAGCAGCAGCAGGCCCUCAUGCUUCAACAGCAGCAGCUUCAAGAAUUUUAUAAGAAACAACAAGAACAGUUGCAGCUUCAACUUCUCCAACAGCAACAUGCUGGAAAACAGCCGAAAGAGCAACAGCAGGUGGCUACCCAGCAGUUGGCUUUCCAGCAGCAGCUUCUCCAGAUGCAGCAGCUGCAGCAGCAGCACCUCCUGUCCCUGCAGCGCCAAGGCCUUCUAACAAUUCAGCCCGGGCAACCUGCCCUUCCCCUCCAACCUCUUGCUCAAGGCAUGAUUCCAACAGAACUGCAGCAGCUCUGGAAAGAAGUGACAAGUGCCCACACUGCAGAGGAGACCACAGGCAGCAAUCACAGCAGCCUGGACCUGACCAGCACAUGCGUCUCAUCCUCAGCACCUUCCAAGACCUCCCUCAUCAUGAACCCGCACGCCUCUACCAAUGGACAACUCUCGGUCCACACUCCCAAGAGGGAAAGCUUGUCCCACGAGGAGCACCCCCACAGCCAUCCUCUCUACGGACAUGGCGUAUGCAAGUGGCCAGGAUGUGAAGCCGUUUGUGACGACUUCCCAGCCUUUCUAAAACAUCUCAACAGUGAGCAUGCGCUGGACGAUAGAAGCACGGCUCAAUGUAGAGUACAAAUGCAGGUUGUGCAGCAGUUAGAGCUACAGCUUGCAAAAGACAAAGAGCGCCUGCAAGCCAUGAUGACCCACCUGCAUGUGAAGUCUACAGAACCCAAAGCUGCCCCUCAGCCCUUGAAUCUGGUAUCAAGUGUCACCCUCUCCAAGUCCGCAUCAGAGGCUUCUCCACAGAGCUUACCUCAUACUCCAACGACCCCAACUGCCCCGUUAACUCCCGUCACCCAAGGCCCCUCUGUCAUCACCACCACCAGCAUGCACACGGUGGGACCGAUCCGCAGGCGGUACUCAGACAAAUACAACGUGCCCAUUUCUUCAGCAGAUAUUGCGCAGAACCAAGAAUUUUAUAAGAACGCAGAAGUUAGACCACCAUUUACAUAUGCAUCUUUAAUUAGGCAGGCCAUUCUCGAAUCUCCAGAAAAGCAGCUAACACUAAACGAAAUCUAUAACUGGUUCACACGAAUGUUUGCUUACUUCCGACGCAAUGCAGCCACGUGGAAGAAUGCAGUGCGUCAUAAUCUUAGUCUUCACAAGUGUUUUGUACGAGUAGAGAACGUUAAAGGGGCAGUAUGGACAGUGGAUGAAGUAGAGUUCCAAAAACGGAGGCCACAAAAGAUCAGUGGUAACCCUUCCCUUAUUAAAAACAUGCAGAGCGGCCACGCCUACUGCGCCCCUCUCAAUGCAGCUCUACAGGCUUCCAUGGCUGAGAAUAGUAUACCUCUGUACACUACCGCUUCCAUGGGCAACCCCACUCUGGGCAGCCUGGCCAGUGCCAUCCGGGAGGAGCUGAACGGGACCAUGGAGCAUGCCAACAGUAACGAGAGUGACAGCAGUCCGGGCAGAUCCCCUCUGCAAGCUGUGCAUCCCGUACACGUCAAAGAGGAACCCCUCGACCCGGAAGAAGCUGAAGGGCCUCUGUCCUUAGUGACAACAGCCAACCACAGUCCAGAUUUUGACCAUGACAGAGAUUACGAAGAUGAACCAGUAAAUGAGGACAUGGAGUGAACCUCUGGGCAGGCCGACCCCCGAGACCGAAGAUUUGGGGGAAAAAAAAAAAGCAAAACAAAGCAAAUCAAAUAAAAACAAACCACGUCAAAGUUAGCAGUGGAAGUGUCCUCCACUUGUUGUACAGUCUGGAGGAUUUUCGCUACAUUUUGACAACUCUGAAAUGUGUUAACUCCUAGUGCCAUCAAGAAUCCCAUUUGGGAGUAUUUUUGAUUUUUCUACUUUUUGUUGACAAAAGGGAUUUGUACUCUGUGCAUUGGACGGACCUGUUUGGUACUUGGGAUUUUCCUCUUUGAGUCAACAUCAGUGUUGUAAAUUCGAUAAACGGAUUCACUUUUAGCAGCAGACUUUGAACUGCAGUUUUGUCCUGCCAAGGCCGACACCGAGGACACCCGACUGAGCUCGCGCCUGUGCCGCAGACCAAGCCCGAAUUCAAGAUUCCAGUGGACGACCUGUUUGCACAGCACUGCAUGUUGAUAUCACUGCCUUUACUCACUUUGGUUUUUUUGUUUUGUUUGUUUGUUUUUUGUUUUUGUUUU